UUUUCUAACUUAAUGUUGGCAUUAUUCAUCGGUGCAUUUACUGUUACGAGAGGUUACGAGAUCUUCGACCGAGCUUCUUUGAAAAAAAUAGCAUUGGCAAACAAUGAAUUCUCUUUCGAGUUACUAAGAAGUUUAGAAUCUGAUAAAAACAUUUUCAUGUCUCCAUUCAGCAUCUACGUAGCGUUAGCCAUGCUUAGCGAAGGUGCAAAAAGCGAAACAUACGAACAGAUACGACGUGUUCUCAAUUACAACAUGGCAGGAAUCCAGAGAGAUAAUAUUUCUAGAAGUUUCAAACAAUUGUUGCAGUUCUUGCAGAGUAAUGGGAGUGAAUACGAACUAAAUGUGGCAAAUGCCAUGAUCUUGCAAUCGAAUUAUUCAAUUUCGAACGAAUUCCUGAAGAAAAUUAAGAAUGAUUUUAAUUCGCUCGUAACGAGGGUGUCUUUUGAAACAGGAGACAAUCGCGCUGUUACAGAAAUUAACAAUUGGAUAAGGCAAGCAACUGGUGGGAAAAUAAAGGAAUUGUUUCGAGCGCUCGAACCCGAAACCAGACUCGUUUUACUGAAUGCAAUUUACUUUAAGAGCGUGUGGGAGAAUGCAUUCGAUUCGAAGAAAACUUACAAUCGAAGCUUCUAUAACAAUGGCGUAAAUCCUGUCCAAGUUCCCUUCAUGCACGCGAAUAUAAAAAGCGUAAUGAAUGUAAAUUUUGAAAACUUUCGUGCAAUUUCUCUUCCUUACAAGGGAAAAGACAUACAAAUGAUAAUUGUAUUGCCAACAAACGAUUACAAUUUGAAGAAUUUACAAUUGAAUGCCGAUAAAUUGGAAGAGAUUAUUUCCGAAAUGAAACCUCAACCCUACUUAGAGUUGGCAUUACCAAAAUUUACAUUGGAAGAAUCUUUAUCGUUAAACGAGCAUUUGAAGAAUCUUGGUAUGACAAAUUCCUUCACUCGUAAAGCUGAUCUAUCGGGAAUUACUGGUGAUAAAGAUUUAUAUGUCAGUGAAGUGAUGCACAAAGCUGUCAUCGAUGUCAACGAAGAGGGAAGCGUAGCAGCAGGAACGACGGGACUGAUACUUGUUGCAAAAGUAGUUACAGAUCGUAGAUUCUAUUGUGAUCGUCCUUUCCUGUUUGUUAUUCGCGAUAUGAGAACGGGAAUGAAUCUCUUUGUGGGUCAGUUAAAACAAUUGUAAAUUGUCAAAAUUAAUUAUGCAUUUGGAUCUUAUGUAAAUCAAUAAA